CUAAAAUUUGUAUUUCCUUGACUUGAUGUCCUUCAGGUUUUAAUUCAACUUUGCGGCAGGGUAAUGUCACUCAUCAUGAGUACAUUCAGGUUGGAAAAGGAAGAGAUGUUGGUUUGAAUCAAAUUGCACUUUUCGAGGGGAAGGUUGCUGGAGGCAAUGGAGAACAAGUCCUCAGUAGGGAUGUUUACAGACUUGGACAGCUCUUUGAUUUUUUCCGAAUGAUGUCUUUCUAUGUUACAACAGUGGGGUUUUACUUUUGUACAAUGUUGACUGUGUUGACCGUGUACAUAUUUCUGUAUGGAAGAGCUUAUUUGGCUUUUUCUGGAAUUGGUGAAGCAAUUCAAACUAGAGCUAAUGUACUACAGAAUACUGCCCUUGAUGCUGCUUUAAACACACAGUUUCUUUUCCAGAUUGGUGUCUUCACAGCUAUUCCAAUGAUUUUGGGCUUCAUACUAGAAUCUGGUUUUCUGACGGCUGUUGUUAGCUUUACUACGAUGCAAUUCCAGCUUUGCUCGGUCUUCUUCACGUUCUCUCUUGGAACGAGGACACACUAUUUUGGCCGAACCAUUCUCCAUGGAGGUGCUAAGUACCGUGCCACUGGUAGAGGUUUUGUUGUUCGUCAUAUCAAGUUUGCAGAGAACUAUAGGCUUUACUCACGCAGCCAUUUUGUUAAGGGAUUAGAAGUUGUUCUUUUGUUAAUAAUAAUGCUUGCAUACGGUUACAAUAAUGGUGGAGCUGUUUCAUUCAUCCUAAUCUCUGUUAGCAGUUGGAUCAUGGCAUUAUCUUGGCUUUUUGCUCCAUAUUUGUUUAAUCCAUCUGGUUUUGAGUGGCAGAAGACGGUGGAGGAUUUUGGAGAUUGGACAGAUUGGCUGUUUUACCGAGGUGGAAUUGGAGUAAAGGGCGAGGAAAGCUGGGAAGCUUGGUGGGAUGAGGAACUGGCGCAUAUACAUACUCUUCGUGGAAGGAUAUUAGAAACUAUCUUGAGCUGCAGAUUUUUCUUCUUCCAGUAUGGUAUUGUGUACAAGCUGCAUGCAUCUGGAAGCGAUACGUCAAUCACAGUAUAUGCCUGGUCAUGGAUUGUGUUUGCUGGGCUGGUUAUCCUUUUCCAGGUUUUUACUUUUGGCCAUAAGGCGUGGGUGAACUUCCAAUUACCAUUGCGUCUCAUUCAAAGUGUCACAUUAUUGUUAUUAUUGGCUGGGUUAGCUGCUGCGAUUGUUCUUACUGCUCUCUCUGUGACUGACAUCUUAGCAUGUAUCUUGGCUUUCAUACCAACUGGAUGGGCAAUUAUUUCUAUAGCGGUUGCAUGGAAACCCGUGUUAAAGAAGUUGAGAAUUUGGAAAUCAGUUCGCACUCUUGCCCGUCUAUAUGAUGCUGGGAUGGGCAUGUUCAUUAUUGUCCCUAUAGCCAUGUUUUCUUGGUUGCCUUUUGUAUCCACAUUCCAAACUCGGCUUCUUUUCAACCAGGCCUUUAGCAGGGGAUUGGAGAUAUCACUGAUCCUUUCUGGAAAUAAUCAGAACAAUGGAUAAACAUAAACCCAUUUUGAGUGCAUAUCGAACAUUGUUGUAAUUUCAGAUUCAGGCACGUAUUAGUAAUUUUUGUACGCACAUUUGUAUAUUAAUAGGAAGUACAAAAUAUUUGUUGUCUGUACUAGAAUAUUACAUGCAAGGUAGCUAAUGCGUAUCACGGUGUUGAGGUAACUUGUGUGUAUACCUAUCUACCUAUCUAUAUUAAAAAAAAAAUCAAUAUGAAUUUGAUAUGCAUGUCUAGUUUUUCUCUGACC